AUGUCCUUCUCAGGGCGACCAACUCGGAGCCGAGUGUCGAGUCCUUUCGUUCCUAAGCCUACCAAUGGUGCACCUGAGCCAUCAGAGAGGGUGGCAGAUGUCACUCAGAAAAAGACGUUUAUGGAUCGGUGGGUUGAGCCUGCUCGAGCACCACCUCGCCCGAGCUUUGCAGAGGCAGGUUUUGAAAGAGGAGGUACGGUUGCAAACAUGGCACCACUGGGGACGCUUCCAAGCUCGAAGGUGAUGAAGUCUGCGGCUAGAGCUGAGUUCAGAGACGGUGCGGAUCGUGUUAGAAGAUCCGAAGCCUCGAAUGCGACGACUCCAGAAACUCCAGAUCCACAACCAUAUGCUACACGUCAACGAUCACUUUCAAUAAAGCCUGAACUGGCCCUAAUUUCCCCACAGACACCGCGGGACCAGAUGAGUCUUCCCUCAACCCCCCAAAAAAUGGACGAGAAGAUGGAGGAGCCCGUUGGUGAACCUAUGUUGGAGCAAGAAGAGGAGGUGGCCGAAUCUUCACAUUCCCCAUUACAAGAGCCAACAAAACCAACGCGAAGCUCCAUGUCUUUGUCCUCGCCCGCUCCAUACCAUAGUCGUGGUCGUUCCGAUGUUUUCACGCCGGAGAUUGGACCAGAUGGUCAGCUUGCAAUCGAUGUAAAAUUGACAGAUCGUGUUGUCGAGGCAUCUGUCCAGAAAGCCCUGGACCACCAACGGUAUCCUACAGCCUAUGCUCUACGCACUCUCUACGACGAGUUACAAAACGACCCCAACUUCAUAAGGCUCAUCGAAUCUGCUUACCACGAACGCGCCAGUGAAGACGAACUGACGUUUCUGGAAAAGAAGCUACGGAAAAAGAAGAGGGAAGGCAAAAAGGACCGGACUGGCGAAUAUUACUUCAACGGAGACGGAAGCGACCCAGCGCCAGCUCAACGACCUCUCUUGUCUACAGUGAGCGCUGCACUAACGUACGACACGAUGCCUAACCUCAGACCUGGCUCUGCGCGAUCAUUUGGCGAACAAACUCGUGAUGUAUCAAUGCUCUCAUCUGCAUCGCCUGUCAACUGGCCACGUGAACUUGAUUAUUUCAGGGCGCCACUGGCUCAUACAUCUCCGUACACUACGAAGCCGCAGCCGUACACAUCGAUAUAUGGAAAACCACCCGCUUCCAAGAAGGAGGAUGGACCUGUUAACGGUGCCUCGACCCCCUUGAGCGGACACGAGAGAUCUGGCUCUGUGACCAGCUCCUCAUCGCUAUCUUCAAUGGACGAUGAGACACUCCAGAGUCUUGAUCCUGUUGCAGAUGGAGAGACGGCUGAUGCAGAGAACACUACUGGCAACACACCUCGUCGCAAAGGCCGAGGAAAGCGUGGCGCUGCACAGAAACCGGAGAGCGAGGGCAAGAAUCGCUUGGCUGCGGGCCACCGUAAAAGUGCUACGUCGGCACCCCUUCUCGCCAAAACGAACGCAAAUGCGCAUAAUACUAGGGCGAAAAGCGAUAAUAGCAGCUCUCGCAAUUCCACGCCCGCCGAGACCCUUGUUCCCAAUGGUCACAAAUCGUCAAAGGCACAGCCAAUCCCUUCCGCGCCGCCAACCAAAAACAAAACGAGCGCCCCAAGAACGUUUACUUUCUCAACUGCCCCUGUUACGUCCACCUCAACCUCUUCUCCUACGCCCACCACCUUAUCGUCGUCCGCGCAGCCACCCUCCACUAAUAAUAAUAAUUCAUCUCAACACGACGGUGACAUGGCUCCGGCUCGUCUCUUGCCGGAAUCAGUCACCACCUCAGUAUCAUCAAAAUCAGAUGCUCCAACCUUGCCCACGUUCAAGACCAAGUCUCAGGGGAAGGCAAAGCAUCGUCCGCAGGACGAGAAGCACGAGAAGCACGAGAAAGACAUUUUGGAAAAGAAGCGUGCUGCGAGGGAAAAAACAAAUAACUCAGCUAAGAUUCUCGAGAGCUUCGAGCGUCAUCAGCUUGCUCCUCCACCUCCCCAUAUUGAAGAGGCCGCUUCAGAGAACGGUGAACUCGUCCCUGCUCCAGCGAAAAAGCCGAUCAAGAAGCGCAUCAUCCUCAACACCAGCACCAGAGAAACAAGGAAUCGUUACAAUCACAACGACUCAGAAAACAGCUCUCCUACUCUUCUAUCAUUUCAACCAGACCUUGCACCAGGAUCUUUAUCGAACUCUCGUGCUGGCACGCCAAUCGCUGGUGGUCGGCCAACCAGAAGAGCGAAGACGGGCUCAGGUCUACGUGUCAAAACCUCGCCGGUGAAGAAGAAAGGUGGUAUUGUAGCCGGCAUUCCUCGAGCAAGCGGUGAACGCAACAGCCCGUCGGGUGUUGGUGCUGGGCCUUCAGAAAGCAAGGAUGACAACGACGACUACUGUGCAGCGUGUGGUGGCAACGGGGAACUGGUUUGCUGCGAUGGGUGCAACCGAGCAUUUCACUUCAAAUGUGUCGACCCACCGAUGAUCGAAAAUUCGUCACAGGACUCGUGGUAUUGCAAUACAUGCGAUUUUGCUCACAACCCUCCUGAGAAGGACGAAAGCAAGAACUCUACGUUUGGCCCCCUUCUCCACAACCUCAAAUUCAAGAACCCGAGCGCGUUUCAUCUUCCGAAGUCAAUUCGAGAGUGCUUUGAAGGCGUUGUCACAGGCGCAGAGGGCGAGUACGAAGAACCUGCUCCUCCAAAACCAAAGAACCGCGGCGGUUAUGAUGAAGCCCCAGAUUAUUUCCGCACGAAAGACAGCAAAGGCAAAUUGAUCGUUUGCCAUAGAUGCAAUGGAAUAGCAUCUGCCCCUGAUCGCAUGAUCAUUCCUUGCAGCUUUUGUAGUCUGUAUUGGCAUCUUGAUUGUCUGGACACUCCUAUGGCGAAAGAACCGCACUUGGCGAGGCAAUGGAGAUGCCCAGCACAUGUCGACGAUAUCAUGGAUGUGCUGCCUGCAAAGCUUGGCCCAGCGCAUCGAUGGCGGAAGCUGAAAGGAGCUGUUCCCGUUACGCCUACAAUUCCUCGUGGCAGCAAGAACAACGGCCACAUCGAGAUUGAGGAAUCUUCUCUUGUUGAUGAUGAAAACAGGGGAUUCUAUAAUGACACGCAGUUCGGUACUGUUUAUAAAUUGCCCGAGGAAGGCUUGAAGCUCGACUUCAUUUCCAAGGUCAAGCAACAAGGUGGCGGCAUUUCCCGGUCUGGGUAUAUGAACCGUCAAACGUCAGCAACAACCGUCCCGGCCCUUCAUAGCCGAAGUCUAGUUGAACAGCAAACAGCACUCACUCUUGCUGCUCUUGCUACAGAAGGUCCUGAUCUCAGUAUUGAUAACCUUACGAAAACUUUAGUGAGAUUCGCACCUCCAGAGGUCAUGACGAUGAUAAGUCAAGUCGAUUCAAGCGCCAUCGCUUCCAAGGCGAUACCCGAGAGUGACAGAAAAAACCUUAUGGUUGUGCAAGAGUGGAUCAAAAAUGUGCUGGCAACAUCGCCUGCCACGGAAGUUGGUGAGGACGUAGACGACCCCGAUCAACCUGCACGGAAAAGACAAAAGACCAGCAAUGGUACCCACGAAGACGAGGAUGCUACCAUGUUACUUUGA